ACAAGGAAGAGGUUGCCCACCAUUGUUGCGGCUCCACCGACGACGGCGCCCAGCCGCCGACCCAGUAUCUCGUCGCGAGGGGUGCCCCCUUCGGCCGGCCAGGGCGCGCCCACACACCGAGACAGCUUGUCCACUCGCCCCUGCGCGUGCUUGUACAGAGAGAAGUGGUAGUUGGAAACCGCGACAUGGGCUCAUCAGCUGUUGGAGAGGAGGUCGAGAACGAGCAGAAUGGGAUGGAGGGGAGGAGCCCCAGCGUCGACCAGGGCUCCCCAGAGGCCAGCAACGUUGAGAGGAAGGGUGACGAGGGGAUGCGCGAGUACGAGGACAGAGAAGACGAUGAUAUGAACGAGUGCAAGGGUGGCGAGGGCGCUGUGGAGAAUGGCGUGGGGCACGAUGAGCAGCCCUCCGGCAAGUUGGAUGCGGACGGAGGUUCUUGCCCGGCGCCGAUCGACGGCUCAAACAAUGACGCAACGGGGGAAGAUGAUGAUGAGGGCCACAAAAGCUCAAGGGGGCGCAAGAGGUCGCUCGACAAGAAACAGGCCAUGGACAGAUCCCCGGAAGAGCAAAUGCAUUCCCGAUCAGGCUCACGGUCACGGUCACCUUCUGUUCCAGCUGGCAGCCAGUCGCCAAAGGCAGCUCGGUCCCCAAGGCAAAGGGAUGCCAGUCCAUCACCAGCAACUGGCCGCGAGCGGAGUCCUUCGCGGUGCCGUGACCUGAGUUCAUCGCCACGUCAUGAUCGAAGUCCGUCUCCUCGCCGCAGGGGUCGCAGCCGAAGCAGAGUCAGGUCACAUUCCCGGGAUCGUGCUAGAGGAAGGGACAAUGCAAGGGAAAGCCGGGAUGAGGACAGGGGGCGGUACCGCCCUCGGUCACCUUCACCUCGCGAAAGGGGAGGCUAUGAGAGGGGUAGUGACAGAUGUGACAGGAGGGGAGGCCGGUAUGAGAGGGAUGGUCGGCGUGAUAGGGACAACCGAUAUGACAAGGACAUCAGAUACGAAAGGGAUGGUCGAUACGACAGGGAUGUCCGAUACGACAGGGACAGUCGCUAUGACAGAGACGUUCGAUAUAACAGGGACAGUCGAUACGACAGAGAUGUCAGAUAUGACAGGGAUGGCCGAUAUGACAGGGACAGCCGUGGUGGCAGGGGGUCUCACCGAAGCCCUCCUGGCCGGCAUGGGCCACCCAGCCGCACACCCCCCCCUGCUGGGCUUCACCUCUUUGUGGCAGGACUGAACUUCAUCAUCUCCAACCGAGAGUUGGAAAGGAAGUUCAUGAAAUAUGGCAAUGUUCGGGAAGCACGUGUUGUUCGCAAUCCUGUCACGGGCGAGUCACGUGGCUUUGGUUUUGUGAUAAUGAGUGGUGAAGAAGAGGUUGAAGAGUCGAUCUACCAUCUGAACGGGCGAGAUUGGCAUGGUCGCCGGCUGCUGGUGGAGCGGGCAAGGAGCAUUCGCUGA